CCUCAACAUGAAAACACAGAAAAGUCAGAAAACAACUAAAAGAUUUUUUGAUACAUGUAUUCAACCCGAAAUUUUCCAAUUUCUCUUGAUUUGUGAGAAUUUUAAAGUCUCACAUUGAACGCAGUCAAUCCGUAAUGGCAACUGAGGAGGAACUUGCAGACAUUCUCGGCGCCCUGGAGGAUGACGAUGAGUGGAACAACCUUCCAGGAACAUCAAGCAACCAGACAAAAGCCCCAGAUUUAAACGCCUCGGUCACCAGCGACGAUGAUUGCGGCACAAAAGUGACAAUUUUUGAUACAGUGGAAGCCAAAACUCAACCGUCUCCAAAGCACUUGCAAGCGCUGCGAAAGUAUUUUGGUCACAACGCAUUCCGUCCUUUGCAAUGGAAAAUCAUCUCCACCGUACUUGAGGAAAAAAGAGACAGCUGUGUCGUGAUGUCGACUGGUUACGGCAAAAGUCUGUGUUAUCAAUUUCCUGCAGUAUUUUCGGAGGGAGUUGCAAUCGUUAUUUCACCAUUGAUUGCCUUGAUGGAAGAUCAAGUCCUUGGACUUACAGUUUCAAACAUUCCUGCCUGUUUUCUCGGAACAGCACAAACUUCAAUAACAUCCACCCUACAAGAGAUCAUGGAAGGUCGGCAUCGCCUGGUUUACAUGUCUCCCGAGUUCAGUUCUGGUGAAAAUGGAAAAUCUCUUUUGAAAAAAAUGGCGGCAAAUCUAGACGUUGUCCUCAUUGCUAUCGACGAAGCUCAUUGCGUCAGUCAGUGGGGCCAUGACUUCAGACCCUCUUACAGAAACCUGGGCAAUUUGAAAGAAAUCUUUCCACGUGUGCCAUUUCUCGCACUGACCGCCACGGCCACUCCCCAAGUUCGAAGGGACAUUUGCAAAUCCCUGAAACUGAAAUCCCCUGCAAUGGUGUGCUCAGGCUUUGACAGGCCAAAUCUCUUCCUGGCCGUCGAUGUGAAGUCUGGGAACAUGGCUGACGACUUGAAGUCCUUGGCCAUCAAAGAAGGUUCGUCGUACAAGUUUGAUGGCCCGACCAUCAUUUACUGUCCCACAAAGAAAGAAAGCGAGGCUGUCGAUAGCACUUUGCAGUUAUUGAAAAUUUCAUGUGGAUGCUAUCAUGCUGGUUUAUCAUUCUCAAAAAGAAAAGAGGUGCAUCAAAACUUUGUCAAGGACAAAAUCCAAGUUGUGGUUGCUACGGUUGCAUUUGGAAUGGGCAUCGACAAACCAGAUGUGAGGCGGGUGAUCCAUUAUGGUGCUCCUAAAGAUGUCGAGUCGUAUUACCAAGAAAUCGGAAGAGCAGGACGAGACGGUCUUCCCUCCACCUGCCAAGUGUUGUACGCACAAAAGGAUUUCAGACUUGCACAAUUUUUCCUGAAUGACAUCACAAACCCAGCUCACAGGAAGCACAAGGAAGAAAUGACCGCCGAGAUGACCAAGUACCUCGAGGAUACUCGAUCGUGUCGUCGGCAGUUUUUGUUGACCCACUUUGAAGGAAAGUCGCUGAAGCUGAAUCGCCACGAAGAGUGCUGUGACAAUUGCAUUCAAUUUUUGAAAGCCAAAGACGGUGGGAAGAAAAUUUCUGCGGACGAAUACGAUUUUGCUCAAGAUGCAAAUAUCUUCAUCAAAGCUGUUCAGGAGGCUCAAGGGCUUAGCAGUUUGAGUAACGUGGUGCUUAUACUGAGAGGUUCUAACAGCAAGAAGCUGAGUGGUAAAACAAGCUGCCCGUCUCAUGGAGCAGGGAAGCACAAAUCUGAGAGAUGGUGGAAGAGCUUAGGCCAGAUGCUGAUCAGAGAAAAGUAUUUGGAUGUGCACACUAAGCAGUUUGCUGAUUACGGAAAGUUUCCUGUCAAUUACCUCAAAGUGGCCAACAAGGGCAAGCAGUUUUUACUCAACUUUAAGGAAAAUCCUUUAAUGAAACUGCUGCUAGAGAUGCCCAGAGACAUAAAGGCAAUUGUUCAAGAAGAUGGACACAGAAAGGAGAGAAUGGGAAGCAUAGCCACAACAACUAUCAUCAAGGAUGAUGAGGAUGCUGAAAUCAAUAAAGAUUUGGAAAGGUUCAGAUUUAAAAAGGCCUUAAAUUGGGCAGUCAAAAGUGAGCACCCAGAAGAGGAAGAAGAGAGUGAAGAAGACUCGAAAAAAAUUCAAUUGCUUUAUGACGAGCUCAUCAAAGUCAGAUCUGAUAUUGCCAGUGAUCUGGACAUUAUGCCUUACAUGAUUGCCAACAACAAAGGCCUUCUGGAGCUAUCAAAACUCCGCCCAAGCAAAAAAGAAGACUUGGUUAAAAUUUCUGAAUUCAACGAAGCCAAGAUUGCUAAAUUUGGCCAGCAAUUGUGUGACAUAAUUGUCAAGUUUUGUACUGCAAAGGGCCUGAAAAUGGACGCAUUCAAAUCAUCUCGGCCGCCCACUUGAACAGUUCCUCUCACA